AUCAUCAACAGUUGUGCAUCAUACAGUUAUUCACUCCUAAAGAAACACACAGAAUCAGUCUCAUCCAGAUGGUGGCAACGUCACUGAUAUCGUCUUUCUCGCCCCUAACUUCCUCAGCUAAACCUCGCCGACUCAACCGAUAUUCAACUGUGGCAAUGGCGUCUGCAAGCGUGAACGUGGAUAACGUGAAAGUUACCCAAGGCUUGGGGAAUUUACAAAAGAUUGAUUUGACAUCUGUUCAUGGAAGUGAGGCAGAGAUAUACUUAUUUGGAGGUUGUAUCACAUCCUGGAAAGUGGCCAGCAAAGAUCUUCUUUUUGUCCGGCCAGAUGCUGUAUUUAAUGGAAAGAAACCAAUCAGUGGAGGAAUACCUCAUUGUUUUCCCCAGUUCGGACCAGGAGCGAUUCAGCAGCAUGGAUUUGCAAGGAAUGUUAACUGGUCCCUCGUUAAUUCCGAAAAUGUAGAAGGAAAUCCCAUUGUCACUCUUGAGCUGAAAGAUAGUCCAUACAGCCGUUCCAUGUGGGAUUACAGUUUUCUAGCUCUAUACAAGGUCACUCUAGAUAAAAAUGCUAUCUCAACAGAAUUAAGAAUAACAAAUACUGAUGAGAAACCAUUUUCAUUUACCACUGCUCUGCAUUCAUACUUUCGUGCUUCUGCAUCAGGGGCAUCUGUUACAGGCUUGAAAGGUUGUAAAACAUUGAACAAAGAUCCUGAUCCUAAAAACCCAGUGGAGGGUAAGGAGGAAAGGGACGUCGUCACAUUUCCUGGAUUUGUAGAUUGCGUUUACCUUGAUGCCCCUGAAGAAUUACAACUCAAUAAUGGUUUGGGUGAUAAAAUUACCAUCAAGAACACAAAUUGGUCUGAUGCUGUUCUGUGGAAUCCACAUCUGAGUAUGGAAGCAUGCUACAAAGAUUUUGUAUGCGUCGAAAAUGCCAAGAUCGGACAAGUUCAGCUUGAACCUAAUCAAUCUUGGACUGCUACGCAAAUGCUAAUCCUGGCUUGAGGUACGUUGAAGAUUAAAGCCUCUUUCUUUCUUUCUUUUCCCCUCAAACCGAAAGGUCAAUUGUAGCCCUACCAAAAAAUGACCUUCCCUGCCCAGUACCUCCUUUCCCUUGUUUCUCCGGAGCAUUGGAGCUCUGAGGAGGUUGCAAGUAGUUGCUAUUCGGAACUUCAGGAGAUCACGGCUAAUGCAAUAAUGGAGGCAGGAAAAGGUGUAAUUAGUUUGGGGAAAAGGGACUGGAAGGAUGAAACAGAGAGGGGCAGGAAAGGAUGGAUGCCGUAUAUGG